ACACCCCAAGUUCACACCUCCACCCAGUCCCUCCGCUCGGAGUGCCCCUCUGGGCCAACAGCAACUACCCCAGGAGGGUCGGCCGCCAGUGCCCGGUGGAACAUUUGUCCCCCCGGGGUCCUCUCCUUCAGUCCAGGUUCCCCGCCCCCUUGCCCUGGGCUGUGCAGCCUCCCGGAGCGACAGGCACUUCCGCAGCCCGGGUCGCAGUCGCAGGCUGCCCGCCCACUCCCGUGACACCCCAGACGGCGCCCCCGGCCGGGUCUCUCGGGGGCCCCGCGACCGCAGGAGCAGAAUGACGAAGGUGACGAAACGGAUGACGCCACGCCGCCCGCCUGGCCGCGGCCGGGCGCCCACAAACACCGCCCCGCCCGCUCGGGUGCUGCGGGUGGCCAUCCUGCUGUCCUACUGCUCUAUCUUGUGCAACUACAAGGCCAUCGAAAUGCCCUCGCAUCAGACCUACGGAGGGAGCUGGAAGUUCCUGACGUUCAUUGAUCUGGUUAUCCAGGCUGUCUUUUUUGGCAUCUGCGUGCUGACGGAUCUUUCCAGUCUUCUGACCAGAGGAAGUGGGAACCAAGAGCAAGAGAGGCAACUCAAGAAGCUCAUCUCUCUGCGCGACUGGAUGUUAGCUGUGUUGGCCUUUCCCGUGGGGAUUUUCGUUGUCGCGGUGUUCUGGAUCAUUUAUGCCUAUGACAGAGAGAUGAUAUACCCGAAGUUGCUUGAUAACUUUAUCCCAGGAUGGCUGAAUCAUGGAAUGCACACAACGGUUUUGCCCUUUAUAUUAAUCGAGAUGAGGACAUCGCACCAUCAGUAUCCCAGCAGGAGCAGCGGACUCACCGCCAUAUGUACCUUCUCUGUUGGCUAUAUAUUAUGGGUGUGCUGGGUGCAUCACGUAACCGGCAUGUGGGUGUACCCUUUUCUGGAACACAUUGGCCCGGGAGCCAGAAUCUUCUUCUUUGGGUCUACAACCAUCUUAAUGAACUUUCUAUACCUGCUGGGAGAAGUUCUGAACAACUAUAUCUGGGAUACACAGAAAAGUAUGGAAGAAGAGAAAGUGAAGCCUAAAUUGGAAUGAAAUCCAAGUCUAAAUGGAAGAGCUGGAUUGGGCCGCCAUUGAAGACUCAUUAUUGCCCAGGCAUGGGAAGCAAUGGCAUCACCCACCCACCCCCAGGGGUAGGACAUCUUUUAUAUACAAAUAUGUAUAAAAAUAGAGUACAGCUGUUUCCAAAAUGACUCACCCUCAUUGUGUUUUAAAUAAUUCUUCCCAAACUCAUUAUUGAUAAUAACAUCUUUUUUUUCUUUUUUACUUUUCUACUUUUAAAACAAAAAUUGGUGAUUGGCUUUUUAUUUUUGCAAUUAUAACUCCAUCUAAUCAAGAAAGAAUAAAAUCCUAUUGUGCUUCUUAUUGAAAAAUAUGUUAAAAUCAAAGGGGCAGACAUAAAGCAAGGUUCCAUGCAUUUAGCCCUAAAGGUGGCUGGAAGAAUGAACCUAUGCUACCCUGUGGGCCCAAGGGGUAGAGGGGUAAAUGUUUCCUAUUGUAAUAAUGUCACAGUUGCCUCAAAUAGGCAAUGUCAGUAACAAUGACAUCAAUUUAGUCUAAACUCUGAGUGUAUUUCGAUCUCCUGAUUUAGUUGUGUGAAACUUUUCCUGGAUUCAAACUCUGACUUUAAUAAAGACCAAUCAACCCCAAA